GGUUUAAACGUCUACCCCUAUAUUUUGUCGUGGACGCAACCAAUUGUGUGUAAACCAUGUUGGACCACGAUUUAUGGUCCUCUUCUGGGCCUACUGAUUUUCAUCUGGACUCUAUAUAACAAUACCCCUGACCAAAAACCAGAUGGAGAGUGAGAUUGACAGAAACAAACUACUGUAUAUAUGUUCAAUUAUCGGAGAAGGAAAAACUAGGAUCAAGAAUUGCUGGCCUAAUGUUUGUUUGGGCCACAAUUCAACAGUUCUUCCCAUACCAGCUCUGAGUCUAUAUCGAAAACUGAGUGAUAAACUUGUCGGAAUCGUUUACCCGUAUGUUCAAAUAACAAUCCAUGAGCACACCCGCGGCAGGCACAACGAGGUCUACGCCGCCAUCGAGAGCUACCUCGGCGCCAAGUCCACCGUGCAAGCUCGGCGUCUCAAGGCUGAUAUGGUUAAGAACAGCAAGUCUUUUGUUCUGAGUUUGGACAAGAGCGAGUGGAGGUCACAGAUGAGUUCAAAGGUGUCAUGGAAGAAGGUGUUAAAAAUGUGACCCGCUUCGACUUGGAGCACUUUUCGACUAGCGGCAAUGAUAUAUUCUCGACACACGACGACGGAGACGCGUCGCGGCAGAGGAAGAGGGGCUGGCGGUGAAGUUCAAAAAUCCGGUGAAGGCGCUGGAGUUGGAAUAAAGAACGUAUGGGACGUUGUUGCAGAUUUGCCGUGUAAACACAUUAACUUAUCCUCUUCCCAAAGAGACCAAAACCCUUUCUCAUCUUGGGAAGGAAAAAUCAUGGGAAGAAAGGCUAUGGCGUCGGAAGCGGCUUUUAAGAGGCAAGAAGACAGAAGGACGGAGAGCUCCGGCUCUACAAAUGCCCAGAAAGGCUCUGUUAUUUACUCAAUUUGCUGCAUCAGCCUCAUCCCAAUCCCAAUGAUCAAAGCUGACCCUUUAUUCAUGGACUGCCCAACCAAUUACUGUACAUAUCUGGAACCACAAUCUUUACUUACUCCCCAAACAGCACCUACCACGCAAACCUCAAACACCCUCUUAUCUGUUCUCCCCUCCAACUCCAACGCUUCUAUUGGAUUUUUCAACUUCACCGCCGGCAGCAGCCUCUGAAGUCGCCUACGGCCCCUUCCUCUCCUGCGGCGAUGUUCUCUAUCGCCGUGUGCUGAGAAUGUAUUGUUUCUGCUAGUAGAGAUGCAAAAAGUGCCCCACGUCGAAGCGGAUCACGAUCUGGCACAAUAAGUGCAUGUUGAGUUGCUCUAACGAGUCCACCUUAUCCGGCCCUGAUAGACCGUAUUGGGGGUUGUGAAAAAUACGAUGAACGUUACUGGAGCCGUUUUAAUUUUUUCCUUUCAUAUAUUUAUUUAAGAUUAGCUAUUGAUGGAUUAUAUUUAUCACAUACAUUUUAUAUGGUUUGUAAAAGAGGUAUAUACGUAACAGUUAGAGAGAUCAUGGGAAAAAUCACAAUCACAGGUGUUGGUUGAACCCACUGACUUAGUCUCCUUGAUACCAGGAGCAUUAACGGGAUAAUUACUGCUUUUACUUAUUGUUCGACACAAAUAUAACCAAUUAGACUUGAUUUUCUCCUAAUUUUCCUCCAAAAUAUCAGUAGUAUAUUUUUAUCCCUAACUUACUAAUGUUGAAUAGAAGGGAAGGCCAUCGAGCUCAAAAACCGUCAAUGGAAGCUUUACACGAACAAGCCGAGCCAUAUCUGGGACUGGGAUGGGAAGCAUUUAUGGAAUCACUUAGUUUUCGAGCACCCUGCGUCGUUUCGGACACUGGCAAUGGAUCCUAAGAAGAAGCAGGAGAUUAUUGAUGAUUUUAAUUGCUUUCUGCAAAAGCAGAGAGUAUUAUGCAAAGGUUGUGAACUAGGGAUACAUUUUCCUUUACGUUUUGCCAAGCACACCUACUGGGAAGUUUCUAACAUCAAGUGCACAUUCACAUCAUUUAUGCUCGGUUUACUGUUACGCCAUCUCCGCCAACAUAGCUACGAGCAUUUAGACAUUGUACAUAUGCUGCUGGAUGAGCAAAGUUUUCGAACGGAUCCACCGAUCCAUUGUGCCCAAAUUCCAUACAUGAUGAAUGUAUACUUACAUCGUAAGCUGAAUUUAAGCUAUUGCAAGGUUUUGAUUUCCCUGUAUUUUCAUCUUAA